AUUAGAAUUAGCUAUAUAGAAGAACUAAUUAAUGAUUGUCAAACUCAACAUACAGAGCAGACUUUAGCUUUUUGCACAACUGUAAGAACUGAGUAUACAGCGAGUGCUUUUACAGAAAACAACUAUAGUACUUCAAAUACCAUAUCUUCAUCUCCUUCUGAAGUACAACUCUUCUUUAAUACUUCUCUAUCACUAACUGCUACCAGUUCUAUCAACUACCCAAUAUCAGAAAUCUAUGAUGAAUCCUUACUUGAAAAAGACUUUAGUGAUGAAGAAAUUGAACUACUCACAAACUCUUUAA